AAACCCCAACCCCAAGCCAAAAACCUCAAAGUACUCAAACUUGUACAUUAAAUAUCUCCCAACCCCAGUAAGCAUUUCCACGCACAAUUUUUCUUCCAUAUUGUUUGAACACAUGAAGCCCAAAGGCACUAAUCCCCUCAACCUCAGAUUCCUAUUCAUAGUUGUGUUCUUGGCAUUUCUUGUUCUUUUCGUGUUGAGAUCAAGCUUCUCCUCAUCCUCCAUAGCCAAUGUGCCAUCCCCCAAUGAACCAAGCCACAAUGACCUCUUGAGAUCACAGCCAAACCCCAACAACUGCUCCGAGUCCUGCGGCAAGAUCCCAAGCUCGCUCGCGAAGGCGCUCAUCCACUACACGACCUCGACGAUCACCCCCCAGCAGACCCUGAAGGAGAUCUCUGUGAGUGCCCGGGUCCUGAGGAAGAAGUCGCCAUGCAACUUCCUAGUGUUCGGCCUCGGCCACGACAGCCUCAUGUGGAGCUCCCUCAACUAUGGGGGGCGCACCGUAUUCCUGGAGGAGGACAAGGCAUGGAUCGAGCAGAUCAGGCGCAGGUUCCCGACACUCAGGUCGUACCACGUGACUUAUGACAGCAAGGUCAGCCAGGCGGACAACCUGAUGGAGGUCGGGAGGGGACCUGAGUGCACUGCGGUCAGCGACCCGAAGUACUCCAUGUGCCAGCUCGCCCUGAAGGGGCUCCCCGCUGAGGUGUACGAGACAGAAUGGGAUCUCAUCAUGGUUGAUGCGCCGACCGGGUACUACGAGGACGCGCCGGGCCGCAUGACGGCAAUAUACACGGCGGGGAUGAUGGCGAGGAACCGAAGAGCCGGGGCGGAAACUGAGGUGUUCGUGCACGACGUGAACCGGGAGGUGGAGGACAAGUUCUCCAAGGCAUUCUUAUGCGAAGGGUACAUGAAGAAACAGGAAGGAAGACUAAGGCACUUCACCAUUCCUAGUCACAGGGAUGACUCUGGGAAGCCAUUUUGUCCUCAGUGAAAUGUUUCGACUUCUUUUACGGAUUGCAUUGGAUACCAUUUCACCUGUAUACUUUCAGCUUGAGGCAAAAAUUUCAAAUUGCACCAUUUUUUUUUUUGGAAAUAUAAGGAUCCCCAUUGUCGAACCAAAUCACA